GGAAAUAAGCUAUAAAAGCAAUAGGGUAAAUCUGAGCUGAAAAGUAAAAUCUAUUAGUACAGUGAAAUGGAAAGCUUCAUUUCAAAGAAUGAUAGUUCUGCAUUUACAUGUGAAGAGCACAAAGCGAUCUUCACUGAAAACCUGGAGCCAUAUCAAAUACUUGCACUCACUGUGCCCCUCGAUACUGCUGUCUGGACAGAGAGAGAUGAGGCGUGGAAAAUCUGUUUCUAUGUGUAUAUUGCUGUGAUGAGUGCAAUCUUUCUGAAAUUAGGCAUCGUAUCGAUUGUAAUGCUCAUUAAGAAAGACUGUAUUCGAUUACCUACAAAGACAUUCUUUGCUAUCUAUAUGUCAACAGCAAUCCUCGGCUUCAGUCGAGCACUUCAUCUGGUGCUUGAUCCAUUUGGACUCGUAGGAUUUAUUUCAGAUCGUUUCCCGGCAUGGUUCAUUGUUUCAAGAAUGCUGAGUGCCUUUGGAUUUCCUAGCCUGGUAGCAAGCACAACACUAAUGAUAUUCACAUUAGUAAAAGUGGCAAAAGCAGUCCCUGGAAAACAGUGGUACCAUUACUGGAAAUUCAUAAUUCUGAUUAUGCUGACACCUUAUGUUAUUGCUUUUGCUGCUGAGUUUAUUGCAAACUUCAACCCCUACCCUGGGCUUGUAAUUGUAAAGGUCUGUGAACUAUCCUUUGCAGUCUGGGGUCUUGUGAUGUGUUUGACCUUUAUUUUCGCAGGGAACCGUUUGCUUCGUCAGCUUAGAUUGCGAGGGAGAAAAACGGUUCGUGUGUCUACCUUUCGUGGCACUCCAGGACGUGAUAUGGAAUCUCAAAUGGCAACAAGACAUGAAUUCGCUUCCAGAGAGCAGCAAAGACAUCAAACACGAAGUAGAAAAACUACACGAAAAAUCACAAUCAUUACUUAUGGAACUGCACUCUUCACAAUUUCGUACUCUCUAAUAUCAAUCGCGAGUGCUGUCAUGAUUUCAAUACUCUUGUAUGCAUCAUGUUUCGGAUUUCAAGGAAGAGAACAAUCAGCAAUAUGGCUGGCAUUUGAGUUUAGCAAGAGAGCCAAUGAAAUAAUUCUCACAAUUGUGCUUCUCUACUCAGUAACUGAUGUAACAGGAGUAUUGCGAGUAUUUUUCGGAAAGUGCUGCAUGACCGAGGUGCAACGUGGUCGAGUUGGACAGUGCAAUAAGUUCAACAAUCUUCAGAAAGACUCAUCAACAAGUAUUUUGUGCACACCAGAAAGACAGGGUGUUAGAAGUACAGAAAGCUUGAAUGUCAGCCCAGAUCAAGAAGGUACUGUUAGUGAUCGAUCUGAUGAAAACAAUGUCACUAACGAAAGUCAAGACAUGAGCACUGAAAGUAUUCAAACGGCCGAAAUUAAUAGUACUGAAACUACUCCACAGUGCAUACCCACUAUCACUCUGACUCUGAGUCAACCGAGCUCAAGUGGAAUUGAAUUACCCACCGCCAGUCAGCCUCUUGAAAUAACAACACCAGAUGAACAGAUUGAGAAUGAAAGGAGAGAAACAAGAAGAUCAAGACAUAGUAAAAGAAAAAGUUCUUCUAAGACUAUUGGAACCCAAACGACAGAACAAGUUGAUUCUGCUGUACAAACCGAACCUAAUCGAAUCAAACCUAUUCCAAAGAAACGACAACCAAAAAAGUCGAAGAAUCAAAUUUUGAAUGAUCGGAGAAUUCCAGCUUUAAGGGAGACACCGCACACACUAACUGCUAUGCAAAAUCGAAUAACCCGAAAACGAACCGUAUAGUCAUUCACUGUGCUUUUUAUGUAUACUUUGUUCCCAUUAUUUUGUAUUGUAUAAUUGUGCACAUCAUAUUCUCAUGCACUGCUCACACAUGCUGUACUCACUCAUAUAAACUGUAAACUUAUCGGAAUCCUCCAAUGCAAUAUCUAUCACUAUGGUA